GAAGCCAGUCUCAAUCUGCCAUUUUCUGUCCCUGAGUGAGUCUCUGGCAUCCCAUAUUGCCUGUUUUUCUCACAGGCUCUAUUCCAUUCACUGGUUCGCCACCUCAGGGGAACGAUGGCCACGGAGUCCACAGCCACUGCCGCCAUCGCUGCGGAGCUGGUUUCUGCCAACAAAAUUGAAGAUGUUCCUGCUCCUUCUACAUCUGCAGAUAAAGUGGAGAGAAUCAAGAAUGGUGUGUUGGGAAACACCUUGGGUGGUGUGCAUGUGGAAGAGGAAGAAGGAGAAAAAACAGAAGAUGAAUCUCUGGUAGAAAAUAAUGAUAGCAUAGAUGAGGAAGCAAGGAAAGAGUCGACAGAACAGGUUUAUGACUCCAUGGGAGAAAAAGAAGAAGCCAAAAAAACAGAAGACAAGUCUUUGGCAAAGCCUGAAACUGAUAAAGAACAGGACUGUGAAAUGGAGAAGGGUGGAAGAGAAGAUAUGGAUAUAAGUGAAUCUGCAGAGGAGCCACAGGAAAAAGUUGACUUGAAUCUAGGUUGGUUAACUGAAAUCUCUGAAGGGGCAAAAGGAGGAGGAGCAUCAGAAGGACCGAAUGAAGCUGAGGUCACUUCUGGGAAGCCAGAACAGGAAGUACCAGAUGCUGAGGAAGAAAAAUCAGUUUCUGAAACUGAUGUCCAAGAAGAGUGCAGAGAAAAAGGAGGUUGGGAGAAGCACGGAGAGGUAAUUGUGAGCAUAGAGGAGAAGCCAAAAGAAGUUUCAGAAGAGCAGCCUGUGGUGACUCUAGAAAAGCAGGGCACUGCAGUGGAGGUAGAAGCAGAGUCUUUAGACCCAACAGUCAAGUCAGUAGAUGUGGGUGGGGACAAGCCAGAGGAGAAGGUAGUUACCUCUGAAAAGGCAGGAAAGGUGGUUCUUGAGCAACUGGUAGGUCAAGAAGUGCCACCUGUUGAAGAGUCACCGGAGGCGACAACAGAGGCUGCAGAGGCCUCAGCUGUAGAGGCUGGAUCAGAAGUCUCUGAAAAGCCUGGGCAGGAGGCUACAGUUCUCCCUAAGGAUGGUGCAGUCAACGGACCAUCAGCUGUAGGAGAUCAGACUCCUACUGAACCACAGACUUCUAUAGAAAGACUGACAGAAACAAAAGAUGGCUCAGGACUAGAGGACAAGGUCAGGGCAAAGCUGGUUCCUAGUCAGGAGGAGACUAAGCUGUCUGUAGAAGAGUCUGAGGCAGCUGGAGAUGGGGUUGAUACCAAGGUAGCCCAGGGAGCUACUGAGAAAUCACCUGAAGACAAAGUUCAGAUAGCUGCUAAUGAAGAGACAAAAGAGAGAGAAGAACAGAUAGAAGAGGGUGAAGAAACUGAAGGCUCAGAAGAGGAUGAUAAAGAAAAUGAUAAGACUGAAGAAAUGCCAAAUGAUUCAGUCCUUGAAAACAAGUCUCUUCAAGAAAAUGAAGAGGAGGAGAUUGGGAACCUAGAGCUUGCCUGGAAUACCCUGGAUUUAGCAAAGAUCGUUUUUAAAAGGCAAGAAACAAAAGCCCAGCUUUGUGUUGCCCAGGCACGUCUUAAACUCGGAGAAGUUGGUGUUGAAUCUGAAAACUAUGUGCAAGCUGUGGAGGAGUUCCAGUCCUGCCUAAAGCUGUGGGAACAGUACCUGGAAGCCCACGACCGUCUCCUUGCAGAGACCCACUACCAGCUGGGCUUGGCUUAUGGGUACAACUCUCAGUAUGAUGAGGCAGUGGCACAGUUCAACAAAUCUAUUGAAGUCAUUGAGAAGAGAAUGGCUGUACUAAACGAGCAGGUGAAGGAGGCUGAAGGAUCAUCUGCUGAAUACAAGAAAGAAGUUGAGGAACUGAAGGAACCGCUACCCGAAAUUAGAGAGAAGACAGAAGAUGCAAAGGAGUCUCAGACUACUGGGAAUGUAGCUGAACUGGCUCUGAAAGCUACUCAGGUGGAGAGCUCUACUUCAGGUUUCACUCCUAGUGGAGGAGGCUCUUCAGUCUCCAUGAUUGCCAGUAGAAAGCCAACAGAUGGUGCUUCCUCAUCAAAUUGUGUGACUGAUAUUUCUCACUUUGUCCGAAAGAAGAGGAAACCAGAGGAACAGAGUCCCUGGAAAGAUGAUGCAAAGAAAGCCAAACAAGAGCUGGAGGUGAACGGAGGCAGUGGAGAUGCUGUUACCAGUGGAAAUGAAGUUUUGGAAAACAUGGAGGAGGAGGCUGAGAAUCGGGUUGAAAGCCGGGCGGCAGUGGAGGGGACAGUGGAGGCUGGAGCUACAGUUGAAAGCACUGCAUGUAAAGAGGGGGCACAGCCCUCCUCCCAAGGGAAAGUGUUUUUGUAUAUAAUGUAUUUUUUCACUUUUGGAGGAUUCUUUUUGUAUAACUUCAAUAAAGAUUGUAAGCAAAGGUUGAGGCUUUGA